UUUGUACGUUCUAUAUUCUGAUCCGAGGAUCAGCUGGGCGCAGCAAUAACAUUAGGAAAUAUCUGCAGAAACUCGUUUUUAAAGGCAGAUAUUGUAAUCUUAAACAUCAGUGUAAACGCAAUUUUACACGUUGCACUUCUUCUAAGAAGAAUACCUUUUUAUUUUAUUAUAGUGUUAUAACUACCUCAUAUUAAGCUACCUAAAGCUAUGCUUUAAGAUUUUACUGUCAUUUUUACUGUUUGCUCAUCACGUUUACAACUUGAAUAAUACCGCAAGGGCAGGCCUUUGCAUCGAUACCAAGUAAAACCUUAAACUUCAAAAGCCCUUUGGCCCAUUUGGGAAUCUUGUGUCAACAAGGGCUUGAAUCAGAAGAGGCCAACACAGCAUUUUCACAGCUUCUGUCUUUAUUUUGACCUUCAACCUGUUAACCUAAAGACUUGAGGAAAAUAAGAAAUAUAUAAAAAAAAAAAAUACAAAGGCAGCUUUCUCUCAGGAUCGUGUUCACGUCGACCCACGUCACCACUUUGCUGCCCUCUACUGGACGGUGAUGUUCCAGCGGCUCAGCAGCCUGUUCUUUGGAGAGGUAGAAGAUGUGUCUGCCGAACUCAAGGGACCCAAUCCAUGUGUGAGCGACGCCGAUGAGGAGGGAUGGCUCAUGGUCAGCCUGCCAGAGAAUGACGAGCGCGUGAUGCUGGGGGAGGGUGGAGCCGAGGCGCCCUCGAUAGCACAGUCCCUGCCCAACAGUGAGUGUCUGAGGGCCGGGUCGGAGCAUGACCCCGUGACCCCCCUCCCCGCUCCCUGCGGCCCGUCCCAGCUGCCUAGCGGCGGUCGCCGCAGGACUAAGGCUAGCAGGGCGCGAGUGGCGGCCCUUCCCUCCCCUCUCCAGCCGAACCCCACCGCCACUGCCUCCUCCUCCUCUCCUUCCUCUUCCUCCUCUCCCAUUUGCCAUGCCCCCUCCUCCUCCUCCUCCUCCUCGGCCGGGUUAGUAGGUGUGAGUGGUGCGCUGCCCAGCUCCGCCCACCGCCCCCGUGGCUCUGCGCCCGUGUCGCCUGGCUCCUGGAGCGACUGCAGCGGCGGCAGCAGCGGUGGGCUGGAGCGCUGCGCUAUGGACGAGAGCUGGUUUGUCACCCCUCCCCCCUGUUUCACUGCAGAGGGAGCCACGGCCGAGACUAGCCCCAUGGAGGACCUGCUCAUCGAGCACCCCAGCAUGUCCGUCUACGUCUCCCCCGGAAACCUGUCCAUGGUGGACGAGAGCUCCGCCAGCCUAGCAGGCAGCGUCAGCAGGAUGGCGGAGUCGGCUUCAGCGGCUCUCCCUGCCCCCCGGACCAAUCUGCCCCCGCGGGUGACUCGAGGGGCGGCUGCCCAGGCCGGCGCGCUGGCCAAGGUGAGCCAGGUGUCCCGCGUGCAGCGCUCCAAGGCCCGCGUGGAGCGCCGCCAGCUGGCCCGCAACCGUGUCCAGCGCCAGAACCGCACCCGCGAGCAGUUGCCCCGCCACGCCGCGCAUGCCCGCAAGAGCUUCCUGCACCAGCCGUGCCAGCGCAACAUCUGCCACUAAGGGGGGAGGAGGGGGGCAGAUGUCGAUGUCGGGGGCACCCCCCCACCCCCACUCGACACAGCGGAGGAGUGGAGCCGCUUACUCAGAGGGCAUUAUCACCCCCCCCUCCUGCUCCUCCUGCCCAGCCUAGAUCCUUUACCCCUUAGCCCAUAGAUAGCCUACAUUACCCACUCAUUCACUGGUAGAGCCUGCACAUAGUCCUUCUUCUAUAGGUAUAAUCUUUAUUAUGUAUCGUCUGUGUUGUUUCAAGAUGAAUUUGUGUGAGCAGUAGCCGUUACCGUCCACAUAACGACGUAACGUGGUAUCGAGCAGUCGCCCCACCACCCGCCCCUUCAGAUUUCACACUUUUAACUUUUUUGUUUUUUGCUCCCAUCACACCAUGCUGUGGGAUAGUUGUUAAGCCUCCUCAACGCUCAUAAUGAUGUCAAAAGCAAGCUUCGCUCAUCUUUGCCUAGUGUCAGUCUCACCCACCCUAAGUAGUCGGACUGCAGGCGAGUCGCUUAAGGAUACAGAAGAAGAAAAGAUGUUUUAGAUGCACUGUCUCUUUACUCCACAUAAGGCAGCCUUCUUGCUGAGCAUACCUCAUGCAAGGUCAACAUAAUCACUCAUCAUGCAUUUUUCAUAGGUGACAUGUAGUUACGUUAAUGCAUAUAUUCACCUGAAGAUGUUCCCCUGUGGAAUUGAACCUAUGAUAUUGGUGUUGAUGUCACCAAGUAACGUUCGACAGAGAGGGAGUGUGGAUGGGCAAAUGUUCUCCAUGGAAAAUCUCACAUCCUUUAUUUGCUUUUUAAAUGUAUGAUUUGGAACGUUGAGGUCUCCAUUUUACUCAUUUGUUUCUCAACUGAAGGGUUAAGGAUACCAAGGUGAUGUGUGGUUAAAAGGCUGACCACCUCCUCGAGGAAUGUCAUGCACAUGUCGCAUUUCACAGUUGACAUGGAACGACAUGGCCAAGAAUCUUAUUUGAUUAAAAUGUCGUAACUUGUGCAAAGACAGAGGAGAGGUCAGCUCUUAUAGCCAACUCACAGAGAGGGCAAAAAGCAUGUAGAGGAAGGUGAGUGGGGGGAUGAAACAGACUAAAGAUGUCUCAAUGAUGUUAGGUGGUCGAAUAGGGAGGACAGAGUUGAGGGGGAGUAGUGACAGGUAUUGGUAAGUCAUGUAGCCUAAGUCUUUAUGCAGUAGAUGGCUUAAAUGCUAUCCUCACACUUGCACACAUUCUCAUCAGCACAAUAGCAGAAUGUCACUUGCAAGAGGCAGUGCCAUAACACAAGGGGACUUAUCCUUACAAUAACAUUUUACGUUGAAUGUAUGGAAUUGCAAUGUCCUCUGUGUUAAGAUAUCAUUCACCAGAGUAUAGUUAAGCCAGAUGCUGCGACAGGUUACGGGGUGUGGUGGAGAUAUGAAGGUCAGGAAUGGUAUUGAGGGUGACACUUUAUUUUGUUUGAUUUAAUUUGACAUCUUAUCAUAUGUUGGCUUUAGGGCCUUUAAACCAUGGAUACUUGUGCCCAUCCUGCCCCCUAGCUGUUGAAACGUGCAUGUGCAGUGCAGACAGGCUUUUCCUUUGUUGAAACAGAGAUCAAGGUGUAUUCUGCUUUUAUAUGGAGAACAUUCCCCUGCUCAACACCUUCAGUCUGGCUCGGCCCAAAGAGUUCCCUGUCUUUAUUUGUCUGCAUAGAAAAACAAACACUCAAAAUCAAGAGAACUGAGGUUGUAUCUUUCAAGACAAUGUUAUGAACAAUAUAGUAAUGGCAUCACUAUUCUUAAGAAAAACAUCUUUUGUCUUGACUGAAGACAUCGGAAUUGUAUGCUUGUGUUCAUGUUUAUCCAUGCAUUACCUCGAUGUUACACCUGAACUGUGGGGGCCUUACAGUUUUUGCGUGUGUUCGCGUGUAGCUAUACUCCGGCCGGUCUCUGUGCUCGUCAGUGGUUGCAGGGUGUAUGGGUGCAUUGUGGGUAAAGAGAUCAACCUCCCCAUAGAAACCCAUUCUGACUGAUGUCAUCUCCUCUCCACCAUCCAUCAGUGUUACGUAUCCCCCUCUCUCCCUGUGUCCCUACUUAGCAGGCUCUGUGGAACAGUGUCCACCACCUUGUGAGCUACCGUUCAUGUACGUUUAAUAACUAUUAGACUAAUAAUAAUGGUGCUGAAGUAUAUGAAUAUAUAUACUAAAACUUUGUAAAUUAUUCAAGACUUGGAUGUAAGUUUGCACUGUCUAACAAUUGUAUGGUGAGUCCAACAUUUUAGGUGUGUGUUGCGUGCUGAAUGUGUUUGUGUUUUGUAUGGGCUGUUAAGACCUAUGAGUGAGAGAGGGUAUGCUGAAAUGCACGACUUUAAAAAAAAAAAAAGUUAAGCUAUAGUAAUUUAUUUUUCACGUCAAUGUAAAUAAUUCACCGCUUCAUACAGUUCAAUGUCAUUGCUGUCUUUGUUCUGACUGCUCACAUUUCCCAUGAUUUGUCACCGAAGUAUGUCACAAAAUUUGUAAUUCAAGCCUUCUUGGUGCAGACCAGAUGUAUUCACUCUGGCAUUAUAUAGCCUACUUAUCCAUUCUGAGUGUGGUAUGAAGUUACUCAAAAUCCUCCUACAUUUUUCUUUUCAAUUUUAUUUCCAGACAUAUUAGCAAUUGGGUUGGUACAUGUCUGUCAAUGCGACGACACCUCGAGUGGGCAAAGUUAGGUUGAUAUACGAUUUAUUUUCUUUAGUUACUUUUUGAGAUUGUGUGCAUGUUAGACUCUGUUUGCUUUCUCUCUCUCUGUCUUUAAUCACUUGCUUACAUUUUCCUCUCUUUUAACAGUCAACCUGUAAACUCUCAAUGUUGUAUCAGAAAAAAACUAUGAACUUCAAAUAUUAAUAUAAAUUUAUACACACACACACACACACACACACACACACACACACACAUAUAUAUAUAUAUAUAUAUUUGCCCAUUUAUUUUAUUGACUGUGUGUAUCUUUUGAUUUGGUCGUAUGGAGUAUGUUAUGUGUGACACAGCGACUCAGUGGAUCCCAUUGGAAUGUAAUCAAGUGAUCAUCCAAUCCUAUCUUUGUGGGACAACACAUCAGUGGAUCCCUUUUGUCCUAUGAUUGAGAGAUCAUCAUCCCCAUCCUAUUGACCUCAUUGGCUUCUAGGGGGUCCUGACUUUGACUAGGGUGCAAGUCUGGGUGCAGAAAAUGCAUCUCUGGGAACUUUAUACCACUACAUGAUGUGUGCCACUGAAUCUCCAAUCUCCAAUAGGGAAGGAUCACUGAGAUCUACUGGAUUCAAUGGGAUCCACAGUAGUGUUGUCUCUCCUGCUUGGUUUGUUCCCCUUACUUGUGACUAUGUCCCUUAUUGUUUGUGUCAAGAGUUCAAGAGAUAUGUGAGCUGUGGACAGGGCAUCCAGGGGCCCCUGAGAGACCAGGAUAGGGUUGAGGGACUGUAGAUGUAAGUGUGUGUGUUUGUGCGUAUGUGUGUAGCCAGCGUUAAAUGGAAAAUAAAGGGUGACAAGGGUUAGAUAUUGAUUUUAAAGUAUAUGCUGACAUGAACCAUGAAAAAAGAACAUUAAAAAUUAAAAAGCAACAAAACCAUACAAAAAAUACACGCUUGCUUUAUCCCAUGCUGUUAUUAGGACAGUUGUUCACCUUAUGUAAUGUAAAAAAGGGGUAGAAUAUCAAAGGGGACUUUUGUUUUUGUUGUUUCAUUUGCUCUGAGAUGAUGGCAGCUUUUGAAAUGGGAGUGUUACCUGUUUCAAAAUGUACCCCCUCUUCAAAAACACCCCCAAAAAAGUACUUAUGGAGUUAUACAAAAAAGUGAUUGGUGUAUCUGAUAUCUAUGGUGAUUGUGCCUUUCACUACUCUGCAUGGUUUUUGUGAUGUGCUGACUUUCCAUCCCCGACAUGGGCAGUGCCCCAUGAGCAGUAUAAAGACCUAUGCAAACUAUAAGAGUGGGGUUCCAGCAUCCAUUCAGAAAUGCAGGUACCGGACAAAAAAAAGAAAAAAAAAACAACAAACAAAACAAUAAACUCUCAGGUUGACACCUGAA